AUGGGAGACUCACGCCUCAAGUACCGUCGCCGCAACCCAUACAACACCUCGAGCAACAAGACCCGAGUCCUCCGCACACCAGGAGGUAAACUCACACUCCUUCACAUCAAGAAAGCUGGAUCCAAGCCAAAGUGCGGAGAUUGCAAGGCACCACUCAGUGGAAUCCCAGCUCUUAGACCCCGCGAGUACGCCGGUAUCUCCCGACCAAAGAAGACUGUUCAGCGCGCAUACGGAGGAUCAAGAUGUGCCAACUGUGUCCGGGAUCGUAUUGUUCGUGCAUUUUUGAUUGAGGAGCAGAAGAUUGUCAAGAAGGUGCUUAAGGAGGCUCAGCAAACCAAGAAACGUUAA